UGCUGCGCCUUAUUAUUCAAAAAGAAGAGGAAGCGAAAUGAAAAUACAAAACGUCGUGCAAUAUUACCGUAGCUAUCAACACCAGCCAGUCGAAAAGGGAAGAGAAGAGAAUGAAGAGGUAAACAAGUAUACACAUUUCCUCUGGCACCUCAAAGCCCUAUGAUGUAGGCGGUAGGCUGGAGUCUGAUUGGACAACUGCGGCCACAGAUAAACAGGUUACGCCAUAUUGACUCUUUCCGUGAAGAGCGCUUCGUUUCAUUUCUGGAAAAAUGACCAUAUAGUUCGGUUUCUGCUGAAAAUGGCACACACUGGGGUAAAGGAAGAGGCAGCCGAUGAGGACUGUUAUGUCAGCAGCAAGGUGUACCUGCGAAGUCGACCGUGCUCCAGCGAGAGAGACAGCCAGGUGCGGGCAGUCAGAACCGAGCUUCAGUCCAGACUGGGGCCCUACGAGCCCGUCCUGACCUACCUUCAGUCAGUCCUGGUGUGGGAGAGACCCAUUCUGUGCGUGCUACUCUACGCUACGGUCAACGUCGUGUUCUGGUUUUUUGCCCUGACCUCACUGCGCCUCCUGUUUCUUAUUUCUGCUUCCCUGGUUGUGGUUGUCUGCGUUGACACAUGGAAGAACACAAUUUGGCCAGAAAUAAGAGUUCGUAAACCAGAUGAAUUAGAAAAUGAAAGCUGGGGUUUAAUGCAGCCUGGCAUCCUGAGUGUGCCUGAACUUUGCCACCACGUAGCAGAAGCUUGGGUCAGUGGAGGUGUUUUCGUGUCGUGGUUGAUGCAUUACAAACGGAACAAUCGUGGAACGUUUUGCAUCCUAACCUGUGGAGUCUUCUUCUGCUUAGCUGUGGUGGGCCGUUACAUCCCUGGCUAUGUGCUGGUUUAUUUCGCUGUAAUGGCUACCCUCCUGGCCCCUCUGGCAGCCUAUCAUCGGGCUUUUCAGCAUGUGUCUGUGAAGCUGGAGCCAGUCCUGCAGCGGCUAGACUUUAGUGUUACUGGAUACAUGAUGGCAAAGCCCAUCGAUAACCAGUUCCUGCGAAAGUCCAUUCAUGGUGCGGCCUCAGGUGAUCCCAGCGACAGUGAAGAGGAACUGGCUGCAUUUUGUCCAACUUUUGACGAUGCGGCUGCUGAAAAGGAACUGUCCAUGACAGACUCUGAGCACUCUGACGCCGAGAUCUCCUGCACUGAAAACGGAACAUUUAACCUGUCACGUGGUCAGACUCCUCUCACAGAGGGCUCUGAGGAACUCGACAGGCACAGUGAUGCUGAGGAAUCAUUUGCUCAAGACCUUCCAGACUUCCCCUCCAUAAACCCCGAUGCAACUCUGAUGGACGACGACGACGAUACAAGCAUCGGUCUACCCAGUCUGGCUCCGUCUGGGCCAAGCGGUCACCGUGCUUCAGUGUUGGACGUAGAGUCUCACCUGCUGGAUUCUGACCAAGAGGAACUGGAUGCUGAACUGUCCCUUAGCGGCCUGCCGUCCGCCUCUGAUUUCACCGGAGACUUGGCUGGGGUCUUUGCCAGCAACAUGAUCCAGGCGGCGCUGGUGGGGGCCCUGCAAUCUCGGGCCCCUGCUGAACAGCACAGAGCCCACCGGAGCUACCGCCAACAGUCUAGCUCCGAGAUGGACACAGACUUGGACGGAGAUGAUUUCGAAAUGCUGGAUCAGUCUGAACUGAACCAGAUGGACCCCCUAGGAGGGGGAGGGGCGAGUAGACGAGGAGGGGGACAGGGGUCUAACUUUCUAUCUAGUCUGCUGGGUAAACCACAGUAAUUUAUGUGUGUGUGUGGUUGUGUGUGUGUUUGUGUGCCAGCGUUGGUGUACGAAUGUGUGACAGAUGUCCUGGUAGAGUCCUGCUUCAGAUUGGCAUCAAUUUUAUCACUGUGAAAUAUUUUAUCUCUUUAAACUUUUUCCUUAUUUAAGGUUUUCUAGUCAUACAUUCAAGUUUUACUUUGUAGGCUGAGCAAUAGGAAAUGAAGCAGCAGAUACGAAUUAAACCAGCAUCCUGGAGCCUUGUUGCAUUUUUAUACCUUUGUACUCCUAUUAGAUUGAUUAGCAGCUGAUGUGGAAUUAGGAACAGCGUAGCCCCCGUAACAUUAUACUCUAUGAGACCUGAACAGUGAGGGCUAUUUAACAGUGGACCAAACAUGACAUUCCUGUUGUUGGUGAAGUGGAGUCACGCUGCUUUGAUAAGACCGGUGUAGAUUCACGAUUCUAAAGUGUAUGGUACAGAAGGAUUAAAAAAACAACCCAAAUUUUCCCAUUAUAUUUUGUCAAGUAAACAUUUAUAUUGCUGUAAAUAUUAGUCAUCUACUCUCUUCUAACCAUAGACAAUAUAAAAUAACAACAGUGCUAUCAUUAGCCAACGGUACAACUUAGGAAAAACUGCUGUUUCAGACGUACCUCUGUGUGUAUGCAAAUCUGCAGCAUCUUUUGUCUUCUAUUAUUAACACCCAGCUGUUUUGUGUACGUGAUACUAACUUUGCUCAGUGUUAGUAUCAUGACAACUGAGCCAAAGUCCUUCAACCUCAGUCAGUCGUACAGGAAUGUCCUGAUGAGUAGAGGGUGUGUCAACAACCUGCAAUCUAUUACUGUAAGGUUGUUUUUGAAGAACUGAUGGCAGUCGUGGUGAACAAUCUGUAGAUGGUUUACAGUCAGCAGAAGCCAAACAUCUAGUUCAUCCUCCAAUCCUUAUUGUGCUUCUCUAUCACACCUGGUGGGGGAGCUCUCAGAUGAAAUACAGUAAAUUCCAUAAAAGGGCUUAGGAGAAAUUGCUGCUCUUUUUCACUUCAUUUAUAACAUGAGUGAACUUUUGCCGAAGAGUUGGUGUGAUUACAGUACUUACUCACUUUAGUUCUUUAAUAGAACAUGACUUCAGUUUUGUAAGUGACAAUCCUAUUUAGAUGAAAACAAACAAUAAAGCUUGACGAAUUGAGAUACUGGGCUUUACCAGUCAGUCACAACAUGGACUGGAACACUGUCCUGUAGAGUUCUGGUGACAUCACAACUUUAGCAACGUUCACUCACCUUGACAUAUCUAAUUAAGAUUUAGCCGUUUUUUUUCUGCUAAAUGAGAUCAAAAUUUACCACAACUUGUUUUACAGAAGAAAGCUAAUUUUCGAUUGUCUAGAAAAUGAUCGUUUUCCAGUAGAAAUCAGAUAAAGGUUAGGGUUAUUUGUUUUUCCUUUACAUUAGUUCUUCUUUUGGUUUCUCUCACCUGACAGUCUGGGAGUUUUAACAGUAUCUGUUUUCAACUGACACAUCUGAGAAUAACAUUUCUGUACAUGUCACGAUACAGGUCAACCGUUUUCUGCUCUCUUUGCAACAAUCUGGCGUUUAGUCGUGCAAACACAAGAAGAUGUAUACUCAAACUUUUUGGCCUGAAGUUGUCUGACUCACGUCAACAUUUUAAAGUCAUUAUGUCUCGGAGUGAGAUGAUUGUAUUUUUCUGGUACUCAGAUUAUUUUUGAAGUUUGUUUCUUUAUAUAACACUAUAACAAAAAGCAUUUUAAUUGACCCCUGGAUUAAUUAUUGGAGGUGAAUUUAUUUGCAUGUCUUUGCUUUUAUCAUCCCUUGCAGUCAGAUUUGUAAAGCUUCUUUUUCCAAAUUUUACUAACAUGUUUCCAACGUAGGGUAUUUUGAAGGGUGCUUUAUUCCCACUCAGUAGACACAUCAUGUUGGUCUGUUAUAACUACGACUCCGUAGGAUUGAGCAUUUACAAAGGUGUGUUGUUACAAGAAGGAAAUGCUACUCGCCGCUGCCCAAAAGAAAAGGCAGUGCUGGAUCCACAGUGAGGUAUUAGACACAAAGACUGGGGUGGAAAAGCUGAUGGUUUGAUGUUGAAGAAAAUUAAAAAUUAACAUCAGUUUAUUUGAUGUCUUUAACCCACAAAACUUUACCCAUUGCUGCCCUGUGAAGCGUCAUUUCCUCCUUAGUCAUUGCAGUCAGUUUCAAUGAGGAUGAUUAGCAUGGUGGUGUGGAUUGUGGUGUGAUUUCCUCUCUGACUGGUUUUGAUAUGCUUUGAUGUGAAAGUUGUAUUGAAUAAAUUGUUUGCAG